CCUUCAACAGAGACUCUUCCCACAUAUGUCUGUUCAAAAACUGGUUUUAUUGGUUUUUCCUGUUCUGGUUUGUUAGGUUGAAAAACAAAAAAUCUGAAGACCGCAUUUCAAGGGUAGAACAAGAAUCCUUCAGACGUGGAGAAUGGCGCACGUUUCAGAUCAUCUUCUGGCUGCUCUGGAUGAUCUGGACACCGAUGAACUCAAGAGGUUUAAAUGGCACUUAAAGAAUCAUCACUGUCUUUCCAGUGCUGUCCUGGAGAAGGCAGACGCUCCUGACACGGUGGAUCUGAUAAAGAAGCGUUUUGGACCAGAAGAAGCCGUGAAGGUCUCGGUGGAGAUCCUGAGGAAGAUGAACCAGAACCACGUGGCUGAACAGUUAGAGGACAAAAACAAGCAAGCUCCUCAGGAUGAAGGCACUACUAAGGAUCCUGUUGAAGCUGAAUUAAAACAGAUCGAGGACAAGACCAGCGAAGAAGAUUUGGAAGACAUGAAGUUUGAGAUAAAGAUAAUGCAGAGGACGUUCCGGAAGAGAAUCCAGCAGAGAGAGAAAGAUCUUCAGCAGCUGAGAGAGGCUGCAGAGUCUUAUAAGCGCUCUGCACAGACAGCAGUGGAGGAAAGUGAGCAGAACUUCUCUGAACUCAUUCGCUCCAUUGAGAAAUGUCGUUCUGAGUUUAGACAGCGGAUCAGAGACCAGGAACAGGCUGCACUUAGUCGAGCUGAAGGAGGACUGGAGCAAAUGGAGCAGGAGAUCAAUGAUCUGAGGAGGAGAGACGCUGAGCUGGAGCAGCUUUCACACACGCAGGAUCAAACCCAGUUCGUGAAGAGUUUCCAGGCCCUUUCACCUCCUCCUGAAUCAACAGAAGCACCCAACAUUCCCUUCACUUCUCUCUUCUCUUUUGAUGGCCUGAGAGAAUCUGUCCGUCAGCUCAGAGACAAACUGGAGGAUUUCUGCAAGGAGGAACUCAAAAAGAUCUCAGACAGAGUCACGUUUACCAACCUUGUUUCUAGGACCAGAAACGACCUCCUACAAUAUUACCGUCAGUUCACUCUGGAUCUGAACACGGUGCACGAAUGCACCCUUCUGUCGGAGAACAACAGAGCGAUUGCUUACGAUAACUCUUGCCCUUCCAUUUUCACACAGCAGCGAUAUCCCGAUCACCCAGAGAGGUUUAGUCACUGCUGUCAGGUGUUGUGUAGGGAGAGUGUGACUGGACGCUGUUACUGGGAGAUUGAGUGGAGUGGGAGUGUGUUUAUAGCGGUGUCCUAUAAGAGCAUCAGGAGGAAGGGAUGGGGUAAUGAGUGUGACUUUGGAAAAAACAAUCAGUCGUGGUGUUUUUGCUACUCUCCCUCCAUUAAUAUGUUUGUGCACAAUAACACAUGGACUGAUCUCCCUGUGAUGCCCAUCAGCAGUAGACUAGGAGUGUAUGUGGAUCACGGAGCAGGAACUCUGUCCUUCUACAGCGUCUCUGACACAAUGAGCCUCAUCCACACAGUCCAGACCACAUUCACUCAUCCGCUCUGUCCCGGCUUUAGAAUGGAUAGUGACUCGUCGUUGAAACUGUGUUGAUAAAUCAGAAUAUACUUGAUGAGAGAUUGUGAGAGUGUGGUGAGGUUUGGUAACACAAGCACCAUUUAGCACUUCUCGUUUCAGUUUGCAUGACUGUUAUCUAAACCUGUGAGAUCAUCAUCUUCCUGCAGUCUCUUCUCUGUUGUGUUUAUCAGUGUAGGAGUGCAAGAACGUAGGAGAAAAAGAUAUGAAAUCGUCACUGACUCGAUGUCUCAUAUCGCUAUAACCUGCUUCUAUUAUUACUGUUUUUAUCCAUUCACUGUAUGGCGUGGAUCUCCUUUUUCUUACUAUUAUUAUUUUUAAUAUUUUUUUAAUCUACCUUUAAUUGCAAAAGUUU